AUGUCUUACUCUGAGGCUUCAUCUAUUUCGUCGGAUUACGACUCCGACUCCGACUCCGUGCCAGUUCGGGAAAAGGCCAAUGGCGUGCGAACGCCAGCAGCUUACCGCAAUUUCUUGCGGGGCCAACGGUACUCACCAAAGGCAAAGCUCAACCUAGCUGCGCAGCGGUGGCGGGAUAUGGCGCCUGCACAGCGGUUCCAGUGCUCCAGCUGUCGCUUGUGGGCCCCCUGUGCUUCGUCCGUGUCUUUGUUAGACUCUCACAACGAACCGGAGGGCGCUGGCUGUCACAAGAAGACGAGAAAACGCGGCAGCUCAAAGCGCAAGCGCAAAGGAGGCAAGUGCAAGUCCAAGCGGGCAAAGUCUUCUUGUGGCAAACGACGACGACGCAAGUCACGUAGCUGCAAGAAGUCGAAGCCGAAACAGAGCUGCGCAAAGAAACCGCGUCGCAGAUCCCGUCGAAAGUCCAAGUGUGCGAAGCACUAG